UCCGGGUUUCCUUGUUUGCAGCCCAUUCCCCAUUUAGAAGCCAUUUUGGACACAGAUCAGUAACAUGCAUGUAAACCCCGAUCGACCUCCCGACGCAGCGGUGCUACUGUUCCACUGAAUAACCUCAAAAAGAGCGCCGAGCUCUCGUCUCGGAUGGUUUAAACUGCUUCCCGAUCGUAUUGUGGAUCCGGUUCCGAUGCGAAAUGCUGUAUCUAUUAACGGACUAAGAGCCUGGCAGUCAAUCGCUCCUAUCUUUUCUUGUAACAUUGUUGCAGCGUCGCGGCUAUUGACACGCGUUGUGGUGCUGCUGGUGCUGCUGGUUAGGCUGCUGGAGGGACCGGAGGCCUGUGGUCGUUCUGAUCCCGGACCGAUGGUUUGAACGAGCCCAGUUUUGAUGUUCGCGGCGGAAAGCGGGGGAAAUCUCUGUCUUGUAUUUAAAACGGAACAUGUCUUUUUCAUGGCUAACUUGUUCACUUCUUCUGGGAACUUUAUGCGCAGGGUACAGUCUGGGCGAAGCAGAGACCCGGGAGUGCGUGUACUACAAUGAUAACUGGCGUACAGAGAGGACCAACCAGAGCGGCUUCGAGCGAUGCGAGGGGGAGAAGGACAAGCGCCUGCACUGUUAUGCCUCGUGGCUCAACUCCUCAGGGACCAUCAAGCUGGUGAAGAAAGGCUGCUGGUUGGACGACUUCAACUGCUAUGACAGGCAAGAGUGUGUCUCAAUGGAGGAAAACCCUCAGGUCUUCUUCUGCUGCUGCGAGGGCAACUACUGCAAUGAACGAUUCACCCACCUUCCUGACUUGAUUGGCAGCGGCAACCGAGUGAAAAUCCGGCCUCCGCCUCGAGUGCCGUCGGUGCUCAAUGUGUUGGUGUACUCCCUGCUGCCUCUCUGUGUGCUGUCCCUGGCCCUCGUUCUGGCCUUGUGGAUGUACCGCCACCGCAAACCUCCCUAUGGCCACGUGGACCUGAGCGAGGAUCCAGGACCUACUCCUCCAUCCCCCUUGGUGGGUCUGAAACCACUGCAGCUUCUUGAAAUCAAAGCUAGGGGGCGCUUCGGCUGUGUGUGGAAAGCCCAGCUGAUGAGUGAAUAUGUUGCUGUAAAGAUCUUCCCUGUUCAGGAUAAGCAGUCAUGGCAGAAUGAGCGGGACAUCUUCUUGACUCCGGGGAUGCGACAUGAAAACAUUCUGCGUUACAUCGCUGCGGAAAAACAUGGAACCAACCUGGAGACGGAGCUGUGGCUCAUCACGGAGUUUCAUGAGAGGGGCUCAUUGACCGACCACCUGAAGGGUAACACUGUGACCUGGAGUGAGCUGUGUCACAUAGCAGAGACCAUGUCACGAGGCUUGGCCUACCUCCAUGAGGACAUUCCCAGCUACAAGGGAGAGGGGCCAAAACCCACUAUUGCGCACAGGGACUUCAAGAGCAAGAAUGUGAUGCUUCAAGAUGAUUUAACUUCAGUCAUUGGAGACUUUGGACUCGCUGUACGAUUUGAACCAGGAAAACCACCAGGGGACACUCAUGGCCAGGUGGGUACUAGGCGUUACAUGGCCCCAGAGGUGCUAGAGGGAGCCAUCAACUUCCAACGAGACUCCUUCCUGAGGAUAGACAUGUACGCUAUGGGCUUGGUGCUGUGGGAGCUGGUGUCCCGCUGCUCAGAGGCCGAUGGUAUAGUUGGUGAGUACAUGCUGCCAUUUGAGGAUGAAAUAGGCCAGCAUCCCUCCCUGGAGGAUCUGCAGGAUGUGGUCGUGCACAAGAAGAUGCGUCCAGUUAUCAAGGACUGCUGGCUCAAACAUCCUGGUUUGAGCCAGAUGUGCGAGACCAUUGAGGAAUGCUGGGACCACGACGCAGAGGCACGAUUGUCGGCCGGCUGCGUUGAGGAACGCAUCGGCCAAAUUGCUAGGACGAUCAGCAGCACUACCUCAGACAUCCCCGCCUCCAUUGUGACAGCUCUCACCAACGAGGACCUACCUCCCAAAGAGUCCAGCACCUGAACUGGUGACAACUUCGUUCACCUGAGCUCCUGACAUUUUCCUUUUCAAACCCAAACUCAGCGGAUCUCCGUGAAUAUUUCAAAACGUAAAACAACUAGCAACUUGAAUGCAGCUGCUAUUUUAUCCCAAUACUGGUAUUUUUUUCUGUUUUCUGUGUUUUAAGUCAGAUUUUACUAACAUUCAUCUGCUGUAGUUUUGUAGUAAUAAGCUAUGCGAUGGGCACAUUUGUUAGCACCCAUGUGUCAGAUCUUAAAUAUUGUCAUUACCUCAUGUAUUUCUUUUGUGUUAGUCUGUCGGUUUUUUUUUUGUUUGUUUUGUUUUAACCUCAUGAGUUAUUGUCUUUUCCAUUUUCCUGUUGUGGUCAUGAUCGUCUGCGGCCAAAUGAAAUGAACCUUUGCUCCAAACCUCGGACGACAUGCUGCACACCUCGGAGGAACCAUUUUCAGACUGUUAGACAAAAUCUAUUCAUCUUCCUCAGGGGUUGAAGCUUCUCAAAUAUUUUUUUUAACUCAAAUGUGCUCUCAUUCUAAACCUGUGAACGCCUCAGAAUGGGGAAAAGAAGAUCAAAAAAAAGUCAGAGCACAGCUGUUGUAUUGUAAGGGGGGGGGAGUUGAGCAGUUGUACUGGACAUUUUGAACUCUAUGAAGAUUUGGGACAAGCAUCUUGUCCCUGGGGAACUACCUCUCAGGUAUCCAGUGAGCUUCUUUGGAACAUUUUCUCUAAUUUGAGAGCCAAGCUAUCAAGCUAGCUAACCUGGACAUAUUCCUGGAUUUUUAUUGGUUUAUUAAUUGUAGAAAUUCAGAGUUACUCCUUUGCCAGUGCCAGGGGCAUUGACGGAUGCUGUCUGGAGUUGCAAUGUUACACAUUCUUGAUUAUUUUUUAACUGUCUGUGUGAGUUUAUGUGUGUUUGUAUGUAUGUGUGACAAUUUGAAGACUCAGUGAUAUGAGAUGGGAUAGAGAGCAUGUUUUUAAAGGAAGAACCAGGGGCAGGUAGUUGGGUUUUAUCCUUGCGAGGGCCAUACUUGAGUAAGCAACAUGUCUGUUUUUAAUUUUCAGGGGUGUUUGUUCAGUAGACUCAGACACCAGUCCCCAGAUACCUCAGUCACUGUACGUCAUGCAAGGAGAGCUCAAAUGGUUGCCUUUGUCUCAAAUGCAAUGCCAUAGUUGUACCAUAACAUGAAUACCAUACAUCUGAAUGUCCGUUAUGCUGCUGUGACUAUUCCAGGAUACUCAAGGAUUUGUAGAUGUACAUGUAUUCUUUGUUAAUAUAAUGCUAACGUGAUAACUAUUCAUUAUAUUAUGUGAGGCUAAUAUUCUCUUUUGGGUUUGGGUUUUGUUUUUGUUUCUCCCAACCGGGUAGGCCCUCAGCUGCUUACUCCUCCAGACUGACCUCAAAUAUUCUGACAAGUACCUCAGGCUUUUUCUACAUGUAUAUCAAGUUGUGUUGUGUAUUUUAUUGUGUUUUAGUAGUUGAGCUAUUUUAUUGCUGGUUAGGCCUAGUCUGUGGAGAUUUCUUUUAAUGGAGACUGACCAGUUGUCACGGUGUUAAUGCUGUACAAACCUAAAACAAAAGAGGCAGAUAGUUGUAAAUAGACUUGUAAACACAGUUGCCGAACACUGAUCUUUUGUUUU